ACCGUCCUCGCGGCGGAAACGCACCGGACGGCAAAUGUCAUCAGCGCAGCGGGGAUUCCCGGGGAAAGUCCACCGCGCUCCCUGCCUUGGGAACCGGAGGAUGAGCUGAGGAACAGCUUCUGGCGGCAAACCUCCCACUCCCCGCGAGGGUCCGCUCCGCCCGUGGGAACUCCCCGAGGCGCACGGGAGGUGCUGGGGCGCGUCCCCGGCUCCGGGCGGCUCCGAGCGCAGGGACUCCGGGCGGGGCGGGAACCCGCGCUCUGCGAGCCGCCGCGCCCCGGCGCUGUCAAGCGGGGCGGGGCCUUGUCCCCAGCUGUGGUCGCUUCCUAAGCGGCGAGGGCAGAGCCGGCGGCGCCCAGAUGCGGCCGCGGCGGCGCGGAGCUCGGGCUGCAGCGGAGGAGCCCAGCCUCGGCCGCAGAGGGCGCGGGAGGCGCCGGGAGCGGAGCCGCCGAGAGUCGCUCAACAGGUUUCCUUCCCCAACGCGGCGCCCACGAGGGACGCGCGCCCGGCCGGGAGAGGGGCUUCUCGGUUCGAACUCUCGCUCCGGGCAAAAUGAAAGACCGGCUAGCAGAACUUCUGGACUUGUCCAAGCAAUAUGACCAGCAGUUCCCAGACGGGGACGAUGAGUUUGACUCGCCCCACGAGGACAUCGUGUUCGAGACGGACCACAUCCUGGAGUCCCUGUACCGAGACAUCCAGGACAUCCAGUAUGAAAACCAGCUGCUGGUGGCCGACGUGAAGCGGCUGGGAAAGCAGAACGCCCGCUUCCUCACGUCCAUGAGGCGCCUCAGCAGCAUCAAGCGCGACACCAACUCCAUCGCCAAGGCCAUCAAGGCCCGGGGUGAGGUCAUCCACCGCAAGCUGCGCGCCAUGAAGGAGCUGAGCGAGGCGGCCGAGGCCCAGCACGGCCCGCACUCGGCGGCGGCGCGCAUCUCGCGGGCGCAGUACAACGCGCUCACCCUCACCUUCCAGCGCGCCAUGCACGACUACAACCAGGCGGAGAUGAAGCAGCGCGACAACUGCAAGAUCCGCAUCCAGCGCCAGCUGGAGAUCAUGGGCAAGGACGUCUCGGGCGACCAGAUCGAGGACAUGUUCGAGCAGGGCAAGUGGGACGUGUUCUCCGAGAACCUGCUGGCCGACGUGAAGGGCGCGCGGGCCGCGCUCAACGAGAUCGAGAGCCGCCACCGCGAGCUGCUGCGCCUGGAGAGCCGCAUCCGCGACGUGCACGAGCUCUUCUUGCAGAUGGCGGUGCUGGUGGAGAAGCAGGCUGACACCCUGAACGUCAUCGAGCUCAACGUGCAGAAGACGGUGGACUACACCGGCCAGGCCAAGGCGCAGGUGCGCAAGGCCGUGCAGUACAAGAAGAAGAAUCCCUGCCGGACCAUCUGCUGUUUCUGCUGUCCCUGCCUCAAGUAGCAGGCCGGCCCGGGCCGCCGCCGCCCGUCCCAGACCCUGGAGCGCGCUGGGAAGGAUCCCCUAAGAGUUGCCCCAACUCUUAACGCAACUCUUUAGAGAAGAAUCGCGAGGUUCAGGAAUUGCAAACCAGCCCAUGCUUGGAAGGAUGGUUAGCACACCGUCCGAUGGUUCUUCAGGAAAGACAGAUUCCUACAAAGUUGUGCAAUGUCAUUAUAUGAUACCCUUGCACUCUUACUCUCUUGAUGGAAGCCAAGAAAAGAACUGACGCUGUAUCUGACUGUAGGGUAAAUGCCUGAGGCCUGCCUCCUAGUAAAAACUCAAGGAGGAAGUCAGUUGUGCGUCUGCUAAUAGAAUGGACUCAUGAUGGAAACUUCAGUUCCUUUACGUUGUACGGGAAAUUCCUUGGUUCUGUUCCAUUUUGAGCAAAAUUGGCCUUGGGAAAAACCAUGUUCUUCCUUUCCGAUUCUUCAUCCGGUCUAUGCUAUGCAAUUUCUCCCCAAGGAUAGAUCUUAUUUCUGCUCAUUUCCCCUACUUAUUAAAGUCACACCAAACACUUAGUGUUUCCUUAUCUCUUUCACUUUUUAAAUAUCUUUCACCAGGUUAUAUUUUGGGAUUAUUUUUCCAAAUGUUUUUAAGCACUGAAUAUCGAACAAGCACUCAAAAUGAAGUAUUAGUCGUGUUUUAUGUAUUUUUCACUGAUAAAAAUUAUUUAACAUUUAUCUUUUUACUUGAUUACAUAUGCACAUAUAUAUGUAAAUGUAAGAUCCUAAUAUUCACAAAUGUGUGUAUAUAAUGAUCAAUUGGUUUAGCUUCUUUUUUGUAAGCAUAGUAUAUAAAUUUCAAGAACACUUUCUGGCUCUCGGUAUUGAUUUGCUUGUUUUGAGUCUGUUUCACUCCAGUUUUCUCCUUUUUAGUCAAAACUUCAUAUUAAACAGCUCUCCAUUGGUUAUGGUGGUAGACAGAUGUUGAAAGCUGCAAAUGUAUACAGAGCUAGAGACAACUAACAUUAUUGGAAAUACUGCUUUUGCUUCACUGUGGAACAUUCCUUUCAUGCAUAGAAAUGAAGUAAUUUAAAGUAAAAGAAUUUUCCAGGCAAGCUUAAUAAACAUUACAUUAUAAAUAUAUUUUU